UAACUUGUAUUUCAGCCCUCCAGCUGAAACACAAGGAGAGGCAGCGAUGGGAAUCGAACCGUGGACCUAGAGAUCUCCACGGUUCAGCGCACAAUGUAACAGUGUAUCUCCACAGUGUCACAAUCCCAUAAUGGCCUCUCUGCAAUUGCGGCUUUUGGUUUACUUAAUAGCCUAAUUGUUGACGUUUAUUUUAUAUCACUUUGGUAAGCUUUCAAUUUCUAAAACGAUUGUCGGACACGCAUCAACUGAAUUCAAUUCAGCCUAUUCUGAUGCAAAUAUAGACCAACAGUUCUUGUAUACUAAGUCUUUUACAUUAUAUCCAAGGUAUAGACAAUCCAUCAUGAAAAAGCCCGUGUAAUGGGGCCUACAUAACUCACGACAUAUUUUCCUGUACCAGGUAGGUUAUAACCUGGCAGAUGAGCAAAAGGCGUUAAGAUGAUGUUGAUAAUGACGAAAUGGUCAGAGGAUUUAAAACACAGUUUCAACGAGAAAAUAUCCAGGAGACUGAUGUGUGGCUGAGAAGUCUUGUCAUAGACCUGGUUGUUACUGAGAUUGAUUUGAGUGGCACCGAGAAAAUAGGUCUUGUCACAGAGAUUGACUAAACAUGUAAGCCAACCAAUACGAUACUUCUUACUACUAGAUUAUUGGUGAACUGCACUGUACCAAAAUAAAACUCAGGAUAUUCAGUACUUUUAUGACUAGUUUAUUUGACAGUACACAAGCUUUCGUGCACACAGUGCAUUUCUUCAGGUGAAUGUGAAGUACCAAGUUACAACGAACUAUAAGCCACAUUUUAAAAAUGAGGUUGAAGCAAUUAUUUUUGACAAAACUGGUGUGUGACGCGCAUUACAGUUAAAGAAAUCACCCACGCACCCAUUCAUUGGUUCCAAAUGCACAACAUGGUUUCACGUGCUAAACAAGUAACUAUAUUAUGUGUGCUGACUAUCAUAAUGCUUAUUCUAAGAACAUCACUAGUACUAGAGUUUGACUUCCUAGAAAAUGAUUUCAGAAGUGCUCAAGUUAGAUUCUUGGAACUAGACCAAAUAAACAGUCUUGCGACCACAGGUUUCGAGACCGUCAACGGCCGACCUGUUGGUGGCAGUAAACUAAAUAUUAACUACGACUCUAAGAAACGCUCUCAGAAGAUAUAUAGGCCUAUUGCUUCUAAACGUACAGACAAUAUCUCAGUGGAUAUGCCUGAGAACCUGUAUUUGGAUUUGAAAAUUUACAACAAUAAAAAGUUGCACAAAAAACUCGACUUCAUCAUCGACGAGCCUACUACAUGUCAGGCAAAUGAAAACAUAUUUUUACUAAAUGUCAUAUUGACGGCACCUCGGUUUGUAGAUUCCAGAAAUGCGAUACGAAAAGCAUGGGCUGACGUUAAAGUUGUUAAAGGGCGUAACAUAAAAAGUGUGUUUUUCAUGGGUAAGCCAACCACUGCCAAUCUUGUGCAAAAGAUGGCACCGAGGGUCAACAGCGAAAGUGAACGAUAUCGCGAUAUCAUUCAGGCAGUUGCUUUAGAAGAAAACAUCGUUUCCUCACCUACAGUCUUCAAGAUGUUAUCGGUAUUUAAGUGGGUAGUUUCUUGGUGCCCGCAUGCAACCUACAUUCUGAUUUCUACAGAUUCCUUGUUCGUUAAUUAUGAAAACAUUCUGAAGGCUAUUGAUGAAAACGCAGGUGUUAAUAAACGAUAUUUAUACAUGGGGAGAGUGAAAAAAUAUAGCAAAGUAGAUCGAACUCCAGGCCAUCCGGAAUAUAUAUCUAAGGCUGUUUAUAAUAAUUCUAACUUACCGAAGUACUGUGUGGGUGGCGCUGGAGUCGUGCUGUCGUCUGCGUUCGUACAUCGUGCGUAUGAUGACGCUAUGUGUCACUCAUUUAAGCCACUUCGGUUCCCUUCGGGGGACAUGUAUCUUGGGAUCCAAGCGAAACGUUUACGUGUUGAAGCAAUUUACCAGGAGGAGUUUCUACGAGCUGGGUUUGAAGCCGAUUAUUGCGAUUUAAAACACUCAAUGACGCUAGGUGGUUUCCUUACACCGACUAGCAUAUCCGAGAUUUGGAAGAACUUCACAACUCCCAUAGACCACUGUCCAAGCGCUAACCCAAACAAUUCUGAUAUAAGUGAAUGGUCACGUGGAGUGGACAAUUCCAAAUACUUCAGUAAGUGUCUGAACAUAAUUUAUAACAACCCCUCUCUGUGCAAUAGGACGCCGUAUCUUGUGGCUUUUAUAACUUCAUUCCCGGAUCACUUUGCACUCCGAGAUGCAAUUAGAGUCACGUGGGGAGCUCCAGAAUAUGUUUCGAAACUAAAUAUCAGAGUCAUGUUUGUCUUGGGAAGAGCAAUAGAAAAAGAAACGCCAGAAUUAAUUAACAGAAUUACACAAGAACAUGAGAAGUAUAAUGACAUUCUACUUGCAAAUUUUGCAGAAUCCUUCCAUAAUUUGACUCUUAAAGUUGUCUUAGGCCUAAAAUGGAUUAACGAGUUCUGUCCGGAUGUGAAGUUUAUCUACAAAGGAGACGACGAUAUGCUGGUUAACUUUGAUAGGAUACUUGGACACCUGAGAAGUCAUUAUAACAGUACUGGAUUGUUCCUAGGUAACCUGAUGUCUUCUAGCCCAGUUAUAAGACAGUCUUCAAAGUAUUUGGUGUCCCGUAAGGUUUAUCCCUUUAAGUACUUCCCCCCUUACUUCUCGGGAGGAGGGUAUAUCAUGUCAUCUGACAUUAUUCCAGACUUAUACAAGCAGUCCUUAAGCACGAAAUUAAUUCCAAUUGAUGAUGCCUUCUGUGGAAUUCUAGCAAAGAGAGCGGGCAUCACUUUGACUGGAACUUCUGGUUUUAUUUCUUCUGGGUCAAAAGACGACAUGUGUAGACUACAUAAAGCUUACAAUUUGCAUGGAUUUAAAACAACUUCCACUAUGAUUGAACGUUGGUAUCAAUUUAGAAAUACAAGUACUCAGAAAACAUGUAAAUAAUAAAUGAAUCGGACUUUUAAUAUAAA